AUGUUUCAAAGGAAAAAACGAUUCCAAUGCGAAUUUUGUAGCGCCACUUUCAACGAUUUGACAACGUUUGAGACUCACAGCAAACUUCACCUACAAAAAUCCGUCAAAUGUUCCCUAUGCAAUGCAGUCUUCAGUGGGGUCAGGUCGAUGAAGUUUCACAUGUGGAAGGCACACGAAAUCAGUAAACUUGAACUUGAAAGAAACAUGACGAUAAUGAAUUGGGAGGCUAAAUCAUUUCCUCCUCCCACCAGGAAGAAAAAACCUCAAUCAGAUAAUAACCAUAUUCUUAAUGAUGAUGGUGAUGACGGUAAACUCACAACUGAAGAAGAAGACGAUAACGAUAAGGUGGUGACGUCUGAUUCUAGCAUUAACAUACCAUCAUAUGAUAAAGAUGACAGUGAUGAUGCAAAUGAUGAAAAAAUUUAUAAGUGCUAUAGGUGCAAUAAAACAUUCAAGUAUGAAUUCAGCAUCGCUAAGCACCUCAGAUACCAUUUAAAGAAAGGCCAUCUGAAUGUACACAACAACAACAACAACAAUGUCAACGAUUGUGAUGAUGAAAAUGUUUCAGAUGAUAAUAAUUGUGAUAAAAUUAUCUCUAUACCACUACCAUAUUCUAAUGACACAAUUAGCCAAAGUAAAAAUUAUUAUAACAACAAUAAUGAUAUAGUAGAAAAUGAUCAACAAUACAAUAAUGUUUGGCAAGAUGUUAGCACAUACAUAAUCCCCAUUGAUCAGCAGAUCUUCAGCAAUGUAUUUAUUCCAAAGCUUCAGCAGCAAGAGCCGCAGCUACAGCUACACCAACCACAAACACAUCAGAAAUUUAUGAACAUCCCGUACAGAAGUCCACUCAACAAAAUCAUCCUAACGUCUUCCUUAAAAAGUAAACAUCCUCCCAACACUACCAACAACAUCAACAAUGAAGUCGACAGCAACCUUAAUGACGUCACCAAGAGCAAUAGCCUCAACUAUUACAACAUCAAUGGCAUUAACAACGAAAGCAACAACAGCUCACAAACAGCAAAUGGAAUAAGCCUCGAUCUUUCAGUUGACGAUUUGGGAUUGGUUAAGAUCGACGCAACGGCAUCGUCGUCAUCUUCUUCGUCAUCGUCACCUUCUCCAUCACCAAAGUCACUUACAAACAAAAGAAAGUUAUCAGUUUCAAUUAGGAGGAGGAAGUUGAAAAACACCAACAAAGUUAACUUUGAAUGUCGCACAUGUUCUGCAACUUUUGAAUUCGACUUUUGUUACUACGCUCACGUCAAGCAGCAUGAAGUCAUGAACGAAUGUUGA